AUGCCGAGGAAUGUAGAGAGUGCGCCUUUGGGCUUUACCACACCGCCUGGCACUGUACGGUUAAUUCAUGAAGAUGGUCAUCUCGAAACACGGCAGCUGGUGCUGCAGCCGACACCAACUGACGACCCGAACGAUCCAUUGAAUUGGACACGUACUCGCAAACUGAUGAAUUUUGUUCCCAUCCUCGCCGUGAGCGCAAUCAUUUUCACGCAAACAUCUCUACCACUCGUCUUCUGGGUCUUGUGGAAUCCAGAGUUCGGUUGGUCGUACGGACAGCUUAACAACGCAAACGCCCUCAACUAUGUAGGCACAACAGUCGGCUGCAUGCUGUUCAUCCCCCCUGCUGUUAAAUACGGGCGUCGAUCUAUGUACUUGCUCACAACAGCCAUUAUUCUUGCCAUGGCUAUCUGGUCAGCACGCAUGAAAAGCUUGACCGAGCUUUACAUUUCGCAGUUGAUCUUCGGCUUAGCCAGUGCUACCAACGAGAGCAUUGUUGAGAUGACUAUUGCAGAUUUAUACUUCGUUCAUCAACGUGGAACUGCCAAUGGACUCUACAUGGUGAUGGUCAUGAUUGGGAGCUUCCUUAGUCCAAUCAUUGCAGGAUACAUGGCAGCCAACGGUAACUGGAGACUUUGCUACUGGGUUACCGCUGCUGUCGAUGGUGCCCUACUGCUCUAUUUCUGCUUCUUUUUCGAGGAGAGCAAGUAUAUACCACACCUCGAAGCUCGGCAGCUCUCCACCACAACUACUGUCACGAUCCCAACAGCCAAGAAAGACAGUAUCUCAGAAACUCAGACGGGAGAAUCGUCAACCUGCCACCGACAAGCAUCAAUCACCUCAACUCAUCAACUCAACCCAAACAUACCGCUACUUUCAUGGCGUCAACGUUUACGGCUCGUCACAAAGACUGACGAGAGCUUACUUGAAGUUGUCAAGACAGCCGUUGUGAUCUUAUUCAAGUUUCCGGCUGUCAUGUACACAGCUUUGACAUAUGCCUUUUGCCUCUGUUGGAUUUCGGCCCUAGCAUCGGUCAUUUCUAUUGUUUUCACACAGCCGCCAUAUAACUUUGGUACUGUUGGAGUUGGCAACAUGAGUCUUGGGGUGUUUAUCGGCUGCAUUCUAGGGUCUGUGUACGGUGCUAUCUCAGAUCGGGCGAUUCUCUGGUUCACCAGACGCAACUAUGGGUACUAUGAGCCAGAAAUGCGACUGCAACUCAAUCAUUUCCCUGCGCUCUGCAUGGGCAGUGGUUUUAUCAUGUUUGGAGUUACUGCUUCCAAGGGAAUGCACUGGAUUUAUCCAAGUGUUGGUAGUGCCAUCUUCGGCUUUGGUCUUGGAGGACUCAGUGAUGUCGCAUUAUGCGUGACGAUUGACAGCUACGAAGCGAUAACUGGAGAAGCGUUCAUUGGCGUAGCGUUUGUGCGGAACGCCUUCAGCAUUGCCAUUUCCUUUGCUCUUGUCCCUUGGCUUGAUGCCCAGGGCCUGCAGAGUAUGUCAAUCACGAUGGGUCUUUGGGCAAUUGUGAUGGCUUUCCUUCAUGUUCCACUCAUGAUAUGGGGCAAAAGAAUCCGCAAUAAGACUGCGGAGAGCUACAAAAGAAUGGUAUCCGCGAGAGCCAAUUGA